GUGUAUCUUAUCAGAGGCAGCUGAUGGAACCCUCCCCUUGUCAGAAAACUGAAAUUGAGACCACGUUUUACGACAUUUCAGGAGUAUGCUAAAAGGUGAAGACGAGGCUCUAAGAUGGCCUUGACUUUCGCAGACAGAGCCAUUGGGGCCAUUAUUGGGGCAGCAGUGGCAGAUGCAGCUGCCCAGCCCAUGCACUGGAUCUACAGUCCAGACAGGCUCAAAGAAGUUCUCUCUGAUCUGGAGCCCUGUCCUGAGUUUCGGCCUCAGUCAGCAAACCCUUUCUACCGUAGGACGACGGGCGAGCAGACCUGCUACGGAGACCAGGCAUACAUCCUGCUGGAGUCACUGAGCCAGUGUGGAGAUGUUAUUGUAGAAGACUUGACCAAGCGCAACUACAAGUUCUUUGGCCCAGGAACAGUGUAUGACCUGCCUCUCAAUGAUCCCUACAGGAAGAAAGGAGGUCCCAAAGCCAUCCUCCCCAUCGAUGGCCCAUGGAGAAACUCGAGCCUGAAAGCUUUCAUCAGAAAUGUGGAUGCUGGCAAUGAAGAAACUGGCUGUGAUGUGGACUGUCAGAUGGACGGUGUCACUAAGCUGGCUCCUGUGGUGGCCAUGUAUGCUGGCCGACCUGAGAUGCUGGAGAAGGUGGAGAAAGCCAUACGGGUGACCCAGAACAAUGACAUGUGUGUGGCUGUGACACUGGCUGCAGCAAGGUUUUUGGAACACUUCAUUCUAAAUGGUCCGGAUCCCAAUGCUCUGGAUGCAGUUCUGGCUCAGUUGAAUGACCCGAAGAGACAGAACCCUCAGGAACUGGACCGGGCUGUCAUUGCGCAUAUCCACCAGGUGAAGGACAACCUAGCAAAGACAUCCCAAGAGCUCAUACCUGCUGUGUUCACAAACACAUGAGCUUUGCCGGGUGCGUUCCAGGGAGCGCUUCAUGGAGUCCUGAAGCUGAACCAACUGGAUGAAGCAGUCAGGGACACCAUGCGCUGCGGGGGAUGCACCGCCAGCCGAGCCUCCUUCAUAGGAGCCUGUUUUGGGGCACAGACUGGUCUCCAGGGAAUCCCAGAGUCUUGGAGGAAGAGGACACUGAGAUAUCCUCUGCUGUUGGAGCUAGCCGAAAAUGUGGUCAAAAGUCAGCAAUUGUAGUACAGCUUUGACUUUGCCCUAUAUACCAUUGUUUUAUCACCUAUAAUUAUAUUUAUGGUGUGUGAAUAAGUGCCUUUCAAAGCUAUUUUAGAAGACUUUCUCAAGUUGCAGAUGUACUUUGACACGGCAAUCCAUGACAGUCAAAUUCUAAAGUCUCGUACUGAAUGAAACUUGAAUCCAUUUGCUCUGUCAAAGCUACAUUGUGUAAAAAAGUGAAAGUCUGUGCAAGGUAUUUAUGUUGUGCUCAUGACAUUAGACAUUGUAAGCAAUAGUCUCAAAUAAAGAAACUGUCACCAGCA